AUGAGUUCCCCAGCUUUCUUUAGAGGUGGUCAUGGAGGUAGUCGUGGGAAUAGUCGCGGAGGACGUGGUGGAAAAUCAGCAGCUCAAGGAGAAAGUCCAUUUAGAGGAAAAGGUGGUGGAAGAGGCAGAGGUAGUGGAAGAGGUAGAAGUAGUGGAAGAGGUAGAGGUGGUGGAAGGGGUAAUACAGGAGGAAUGAAAGGUGGUUCAAAAGUAGUAAUACUUCCCCAUCGCCACGAGGGUGUUUUCAUGGCUAAAGGAAGAAGUGAUGCACUAGUAACAAGAAAUAUGGUCCCUGGUAUAUCAAUAUAUGGUGAAAAGAGGAUUGAGGUGAUGGAUCCAGAGACAAAUGAAAAAAUUGAAUAUCGUGUAUGGAAUCCCUUUAGAUCAAAAUUAGGAGCAACAAUUAUUGGUGGUGUUGCUAAUAUGCCAAUUAAACCAGGUUCAAAAGUUUUAUAUUUAGGUGCAGCAAAUGGAACAACAGUUUCACAUGUAUCAGAUAUGGUUGGACCAAAUGGUUGCGUAUAUGCAGUAGAGUUUAGCUAUAGAUCAGGCCGUGACCUGACAGAUAUGGCUAAGAGAAGACCCAAUAUUGUACCUAUUGUAGAAGAUGCAAGAACACCACAAAAAUAUAGGAUGCUUGUUCCAAUGGUAGAUGUUAUAUUUUCAGAUGUAGCCCAACCAGAUCAGGCUCGUAUUGUUAGUUUGAAUGCACAUUUGUUUUUAAAAACAAAUGGAUACUUUAUUAUUUCUAUCAAAGCUAGUUGCGUGGACUCUACUGCAAAACCUGAAGCUGUUUUCGCAUCAGAAGUAGAUAAAUUACGUGCUGAGAAGUGUAAACCUAAAGAACAGUUAACGUUAGAACCAUAUCACAGAGAUCAUGCAGUAGUUAUUGGAGUCUAUCGCCAACUUAAAAAAAAAGAGUAA